AUGAGUCAUUCAGCUGAUGAUCCAGAUGAUUUAGUACGAAAGAAAAUUGAUCUUAAUCAUAUUACAAAUAUGAGUUAUCAAAUGCAUGUUCCAGACUCAAUUACAGUUGGUCCAACUCGAUCAACACAUCCUCGUCUUGAUCAAGAUUACGAUCGAGUACCUAUACGUAUGGAAGUACCAGACCGACUUCGACCUGGUGGUAAUGGAAGUAUGGUUAUGCUUAAUGAUACUGAUUUUUUUACAAAUGGAGAAUCAAAUCAUUUAUCAGACUCUAUUGUUCAACAACCAUCACUUCCAUCAAUACUUCAUCCAAAAGAUAUUGAUACGACAAGUGAUGAUGAUUAUACAUCAGUUGAUGUUAGAAAAGAACGUCAACCAGUUCCACUUGUUGAUUCAUGGCAUAUGGAAUCAUUAAAUACGACUAUUGAUGAUAAACAUGUUUCUAAUAAACUUCAAUUACUUCAAAAUCGUGUUCAUCAAAUCGAACGAAAGUUAGUUCAACGUGAAACUCGUGAUCGAAUUUUUUAUACGUGCAUUAUUGGUUACUUUCUUGUUCAAGCUUUACGUUCUGUUCGUCGUUCAAUGCUUAAUUAA